AUGGCAUCAAAAGUCAUUCUUCUCGCGACCCUCGUCGCUGCCGCCCAAGCCUCAGGAUUAUCCUAUUCUGGGCAGUACGGAUACGCCGCCGGACAUUUAGGCACAUACUUCACCAACUUAGGAUACUCCGGUGGACACUUGCGCUACGCCGCCCCAUUGUCUUACGCCAACCAAUACACCAGCUACGCAGACCACCCAAUCGCUAAAACCUACCCCGCAUCUUUCAUAACUAAAUCCUAUACCGCCCCAAUCGCUCACACCUAUACCGCCCCAAUUUUCACCAAAGCCUACGCCGCCCCAGUAGUCCACAACGCUGUCGUCAAGACCGUAGCAAAAGAGCCCACUGCCUCUGAAUACUCGACCUUCGUAAAGACCGCUCCAGCUUUCGAGAACACCCUCGACGGAUACUCCGGAUACUUGGGCUACGCCGCCCCAUUGUCUUACGCCAAACACUACACCAGCUACGCCGCCCCAAUCGCUAAAACCUACGCCGCUCCUCUUAUCACCAAAGCCUAUAACGCCCCAAUUGCUCACACAUACGCCGCUCCCAUCGUCACCAAAGCACCAGUAGCGCACGCCGUCCCUGUCGUAAAGACCUUCUCCGAAGAGCCCACCGUUUCUGAAUACGCCAUCUCUACAAAAAGCGCUCCAGGUAUUCACAGGACUCUCGUCCAUCCUCAGGCCCCAAUCGUCCAAGAAAGAAUAAACCAUGUUGUUCGCGAAAAAAUCACUCCAGUGGUUCACGAAAGAAUCGCCGCUCCAGCUUUAAAUUAUGCCGCUCCAGCUUUGAAUUAUGCCGCUCCAGCUUUGACUUAUGCCGCUCCAGCUUUGAGUUAUGCAGCCCCAGCUUGGUAA